AUGCAGCUUCCGGCACUUUGGAAGACUCUGCUAGUUGUUCUGCUCUCUUCAACAUGUGCCAUUCUCGUCAGCUCUAGCCCUAUUGGAGUUCUGGGGUUAGCCAAAGGAGACCUCCAGAUCCGAAGCGACAAAACUCCCCUCUGGGAUCUCGCACGACGACGGGGUGAAAGCGGGCCAGUGGCGGCCGCUGAUCCUCCUCCCGGCCACAAGCACGGUCGAAGGGAUGGAGACACCGGAGAGUUCCCAUCUUCUCCACCUCCCCGAAUUGGUCACCCUCGACGAGACGAAUACGAGGACCCUUAUCCCCCUCAUUCCAACGGACGACGAGACGGCGACACUGGGGAGUUCCCAUCCUCCCCACCUCCCCCUCCUCCUCGACUCGGUCAUGGCCGACGACAAACUUACGAAGACCCUUGGUCGCAUGCGCCGAAAGAUAACCCGUUGGUUCCCUGGCGUCAUAUCCCCCGCGUCAGUGGCCCCAAUCACCCCCAUGGACGAAGAGACGGCGACACUGGGGAGUUCCCCUCCUCUCCCCCUCCUCGACUUGGUCAUCCCUGA